AUGACGACGUCCCAGCCGUAUGUCGAGGUGCUCGUCUCCAUCGCUCGCAACUCGGCCAUCCUCUUCGCCGGUCUUGCCGGCGGUCUCGCCGUGAUUGCGGGCCUCGCAUACCUCUAUCUCUACCCCCUCCAGCUCCUCCGCUUCUCGGGUCGUAACCUCCCUGGUCCCGAGCCCACCAACCUGCUGUGGGGUAACCAGAAGGAGAUCAUGGGCAAGAACACGGGCGACGUGCAGACCGAGUGGUUUGAGAAGUAUGGCAAGGUGAUGCGCUACCGCUACGCUCUCGGUGCCCAGCACAUUUCCCUCAAUGACCCCGUCGCCCUCGGCCACAUCUUCCAGCACACUGACACCUUUGGCAAAAUGUACCGCACGAAGCGCAUCCUCAGUGACAUCCUUGGCGACGGUCUCCUCACUGCCGACCCUGUGAACCAUCGCCGUCAGCGGCGUGUCCUGAACCCAGCCUUUAGCGUCACGGCUAUCCGCGAGAUGGUUCCCGACUUCUUCGGUGUGGCGUACAAGCUACGUGAUGCUGUCGCUGCCGAGGCGGGCAAACCUAGUCUGGACGAGAAGAAGCCCCAAGAGGUCGAGGUGCACGAGCUCGUCUCGCACGCUACGUUGGACAUUAUUGGGGUGUCUGGCUUUGGCGCUCGUGACCUGUCGUCGUCGGACAGCGCCCUCGGUACCAGCUACGCCGAUCUCUUGACAGCUCGUAACCAGGCCAACAUCUUCGACUUCCUCCAGAUCACCUACCCGGCAUUCAAGAACCUGCCUACCAAGGCCACGCGCAAGAUCAAGGAUAGCCGCACCAUCACCGACAAGCUCGGCCACGAUAUCGUCGCGGAGCGCAAGAAGGCUCUCGAGGCCGCUGGAGACACGGACACGCGCGACAUGCUCUCCCGUCUCCUGCGUGCCAACAUGGCGCCCGACCUCAAGCCCGAGCAGCGCAUGACCGAUGACGAGGUCAUGGGCCAGAUCACCACGCUCAUGUUUGCGGGUCACGAGACGACCAGCACGGCCAUGUCGUGGGCGCUGUGGCGCCUUGCGAUCCACCAGGACAUCCAGGCCAAGCUCCGCGCCGAGCUCAUGACGAUUGACACGGACGAGCCCAGCAUCGACGCCCUCAAUGCGCUCACGUACCUGGAGAAGUUUGUGCACGAGGUCCUGCGCCUCGACGACCCCGUCGCCCUCUCGUACCGCAUUGCUCUCAAGGACGCCGUUGUGCCCCUCUCCGCGCCCGUCACUGGCCGUGACGGAUCGACCAUCGAGGCCCUCACCGUCAAGAAGGGCACCAUGUUCCACACGCCCAUCAUCUCCCUCAACCGCUCCAAGGACAUCUGGGGCGACGACGCAGACAAGUUCAACCCGGACCGCGACACCAACCCCUCGACCCAGGUGCCCGGCAUGUACGGCAACCUCCUCACGUUCCUCUCCGGCCCACACCACUGUAUCGGCUACCGCUUCGCCCUCGCCGAGCUCAAGGUGUUGCUGUUUGUGCUGGUGCGCAGCUUCAACUUUGAACUCCCUGCCGAGCCGUACACCAUUGUCCCGCACACCCUCAUCACGAUGCGCCCCUCGAUCAACGGCAAAAUCUCCAUGCGCCUGGUUGUCAAGCCCGUGGCCGGCCAGUAG